AAAAACACAUUUAAAUACAGUUAAAUCCCGUUUUCUCAAGUUCACAACACAGUUCCUCUCUCUCUCUCUCUCAGUCAUUCUCUGCUCUUUUUAACUCCAUUCGUCCAAUCAUCAUCAUUUCUCUUUUUCAAUUUAUUAAAAGUUAAAAAAUCCCAUUAAAAGUCUUUUAGAGAGAGAAGAUCUUCACGUCACUCUGUUUUUGUAUGUGAUGAUCGUGGCAGAUAUAUAUUUUUUCUUUCACUUAAAAUCGGUUAAUUCCUUUCCUAAUUUGGCUGUAGUUACUCAAACAUUCAGGUCUUUAUUCUGUACUUUUUCAUCUUCCUCUCAGAAUAAUUUUGAGCUUUUGUGUUUCUUGCUGUUCUUGGUAGUAUUCUAUUUCCUUGUUCUUGGCAGAAAAAGGCAAUGCUAUGAAGCCGUCUGACGACCAUUCAGCUUCAGAUCAUACUAAGAUUCCAGUGGCAAAUGAAUCUAAGACAGUGGGAAGUGCAUGGGGAAUUUUUUCUGGUUCUGACAUCCACCAUGCCCCAAGUGAUGCUACCCUUUUCUCUAGUUCAUUGCCUGUUUUUCCACAUGAGAAGUUGAACUUAAAUGAUACGGAUCAGAGUUACCAAUCUCUUGAUGUUAUCACAUCUGAUCUAAAUAAUCUCCAUCAAGAUGCGGAGGGCAAUGCACCUCUGGGAGACAUCAAAGCUAAUGCACUUGGAAACUUGCUUCCUGAUGAUGAGAAUGAACUUUUAGCAGGCAUAAUGGAUGACUUUGACUUAAGUGGUUUGCCUAGUUCAGUUGAAGAUUUGGAGGAGUGUGAUCUUUUUGGUAGCGGAGGAGGCAUGGAACUGGAAGUUGAUCCACAAGAGAGUCUGACCAUUGGCAUGGCAAAAGUGAGUCUUGCUGAUGCUGUUGUUGGAAAUAGCGUACCCCAUUAUAGUCUUCCAAAUGGUGUUGGAACCAUUGCUGGGGAACAUCCAUAUGGGGAACAUCCUUCAAGGACAUUAUUUGUUCGGAACAUAAAUAGUAAUGUCGAGGAUUCAGAACUACGAGCUCUUUUUGAGCAAUAUGGUGAUAUUAGAACUCUGUACACUGCAUGUAAACACCGAGGCUUUGUGAUGAUAUCCUAUUAUGACAUUCGUGCUGCUCGAACAGCUAUGCGUGCAUUACAGAACAAGCCAUUAAGACGGAGAAAACUUGACAUUCACUUUUCAAUUCCUAAGGAUAAUCCAUCAGAGAAGGAUAUUAAUCAAGGAACUUUGGUAGUUUUUAAUUUGGACCCAUCAGUUUCAAAUGAAGAUCUUCUUCAAAUAUUUGGGGUUUAUGGCGAGGUUAAAGAGAUAAGGGAAACGCCACACAAAAGACACCAUAAGUUCAUUGAGUUUUAUGAUGUUAGAGCUGCAGAACAAGCUCUUAAGUCACUUAAUAGAAGUGACAUAGCUGGUAAACGAAUUAAGCUUGAACCUAGUCGCCCUGGAGGAGCUCGUCGCAGCUUGAUGCUGCACCUAAGUCAAGAGCUUGAACAAGAAGAGUCUCGGGGUUUUAGACAUCAAGUUGAUUCCCCAAUGGCUAAUUCUCCUCCAGGUAGCUGGGCACAGUUUAACAGUCCUAUGGAACAUAGCCCUAUGCAUUCUCUUAGUAAGUCCCCUGUUUUCAGGACCAUGAGCCCGGCACCCAGUAACCAUUUACCUGGUCUGGCUUCUAUUCUGCUCCCUCAAGGGUCAAAUUCCAUAAAAGUUGCACCUAUUGGCAGAGACCUAGGGAGGGGUGGUCAUGUAGAUUAUUCAUUUACCAGUACAAAUUCAACCCAUGAAACUGGAUUCCAACUUUCCCAUUCAUUGCCAGAGCCAAAGUUGAGCCAAUAUAAUGGAACAAUAACUACUUUUGGUCCUUCAAAUGGUUCCAGUAUGGAAACAUUAUCUGGGUCACAGUUCCUUUGGGGAAAUUCAAAUUCAUAUACAGAUCAAACCAACCCAUCAGUCUGGCCAAAGUCAUCUAUGGGACAUCCGUUUUCAUCCAAUGGAAAGGGACAUGGCUUUCCAUACUCAGGUCAGCAAGUGUCUUUCUCAGGCUCAUCCCCCCACUAUGGUCAUCAUCACAUUGGGUCUGCUCCAUCUGGUGUUCCUCUUGGAAGACACUUUGGUUUCUUCCCCAAAUCAUCAGAUACUUCACUCACGAACCCUGCUGCCUUUGGAGGCCUAGGUGUAGGCCAGAAUAAUGGAGGUUUUAUGGUUAAUCGGGGUUCCCGUGCUGCUACUAGUUCAGGUAUUAGCAUUCCAUGGAGUGUGUCUGAGAAUAGUUCAAGUAUGAGAAUGAUGUCUUCACCUAGGUUAAGUCCUGUAUUUUUGGGCAAUGGCCCAUUCCAAGGACUACAUAAUAGUAUGGAGGGGUUGGCUGAGAAUGGACGGAGCAGACAAGUUGAAAAUAAUAACCAGCUUGAUAACAAAAAGAAGUUUCAGCUGGACUUGGACAAAAUUGUUAGUGGCGAAGAUAUUCGGACAACCCUAAUGAUAAAAAACAUUCCAAAUAAAUAUACCUCAAAGAUGUUGCUGGCAGCCAUUGAUGAAAAUCACCAAGGAACUUAUGAUUUUCUCUAUUUGCCCAUUGAUUUUAAGAAUAAGUGCAAUGUGGGCUAUGCCUUCAUCAAUAUGCUCUCUCCUUCACACAUUAUUCCAUUUUAUGAGGCAUUUAAUGGAAAGAAAUGGGAGAAGUUUAAUAGUGAGAAAGUUGCUUCUUUGGCAUAUGCUCGAAUCCAGGGAAAGGUGGCUCUUGUUGCCCAUUUCCAGAAUUCAAGCUUGAUGAAUGAAGAUAAACGCUGUCGCCCAAUUCUCUUUCACUCAGAAGGCCCAGAUAAUGGUGAUCAGGGCAUCACAGAGCAAUUGCACUCCAGUUUGAAUAUUAUCCGACAGCCAAAUGGGUUGAAUUCGGGUAAUUCUUCAGGUGGCGCUAAAGACAAAGAUGCUGAUGUGGAGCCAGAAACUUCUUAACGGCUUAUUAAGGAGAUUGCCCUUGUACCAAUUUCGUGAAGCUAGUGACAACUUUUCGUACAUACUCAACUGUACAAACAUAGGAAGAGAUGAACUCACUAUAACAGGAUGCAGUUUUUGUGUAGUCUUAGAGCAUUUGGACUUUGGUCAAAUGCUGUAGGAGCAUGGUUGUUUAUGCAUUUGAGAAGAUGCUAUUGGGUUCUGCGUGAUUAUUUGGGUUCUUUUUUGUGUUUAGGUGAUCUGGAGUUGGAUAUAUAUAUAUAUAAUAUUAUGUAAAAAAUGGAUAUAUUUGCUAUCAAGAGUUGAGGUUUUUGAGGGUUAAGAUGUAACAUGGUGCCAUUUAUAGGAAAUUGUAUAGUGCAAAAAGACAUUUGUUAGUCACAUAUCUUAGUUUUCUAUGAAAUGGAUGUAAAUGACAAAAUUAGACUGUGCAGUGCAUCCUCGUUGAAAGUAUGUUCUACAUCUCAUACGUUAAAA